CCUGACCAGAGGAGUGCUGACACAGCGGCCGGGGACGGGAGGAUGAGCGUUGGUAUCGCGUUGCUGGCACGAUAGCGGUUCCCACACGCCCCCCAGGCCUGGUUCAUUCGUCGUCAUGCUGAUAGAGAAUGUGGAGGCCUUCAAGACGUGGCUGUCCAAGUUACUGGAGCCCAUAUGUGAUGCAGAUCCUUCAGCUCUAGCUAACUAUGUUAUCGCCUUGGUCAAGAAAGACAAGUCGAAUGAGGAGCUCAAGGCUAUUUGUGCCGACCAGUUGGAUGUUUUCCUACAAAAAGAAACAAAUGAGUUUGUGGAUAAACUCUUUGAAAGCCUGCACACAAGAAGUUAUCUUCCUCUUGAGGAAUCUCUAAAAGAGGAAGAAAAGGAGGAAACCUCUGAGAAUCGUCACAUGGACUGUUUGGAAGAAGAGCGGGAAAACAGAAAAAGGAAGCACCCAAGUCCUCCGCGAAAUCGUUCUGAUUCCAGUGAAAGACGGACAAGAGAUAAAAAGAGAGAAGAUGGCAAAUGGAGGGAUUAUGAAAGACAUAGAGACAGAUAUGACUGGCGAAGAGGCAGAAGUAAAAGUCCAUCCAAAAUCAAGUCUUUAAAUAAAAGUAGGAGCCGAAGCAGAGGGAGAAGCAGGGACCGGGAGUCUAACAGGAGUCGAGAUCACCGGGAAAGGGCGAAGUUUGAUUCUGAAAGAAAUGAGUUGGAAUCUGUAUACAACCCAGCCCCACAGCAGCAGCAACAGCAGCAGUAUUCCUCUGGUGGGCAGGCUAUCCCCAGCACCGUGACUGUCAUUGCACCUGCUCACCACCCUGAGAGCACAACAGAGAUCUGGUCUAAUUACUAUAGCAACCACAACCCUACCAAUUCAUACAAUAGAAACCCACCUCCUAAACGACGAUGCCGGGAUUAUGAUGAACGAGGGUACUGCGUCCUUGGUGACCUUUGCCAGUUUGAUCACGGAAAUGAUCCCUUGGUGGUUGAUGAGGUUUCCCUACCCAGUAUGAUCCCCUUCCCACCACCCCCUGGGCUGCCGCCCCCUGGUAUUUUAUUACCUCCUAUCCCUGGACCAGCUCAUAAUAUGAGAAUGCCAGUUCCUCGGCCACUCACCCAACCUCCACCCACUGUCCAUCCUGCUCCAAGGCUUCCAUUACCACAUUCAGGCAUGCUAAAUAAUCGUGAACCGCCCGGGACGAGUACUGUCCCCAGUCUUGCACCGGUAGGAGCAAGACUGCCUCCUCCCUUACCUCCUCAGAAUCUGCACUACUCCGUGUCAGAACGUAAGCAUAGCUCACUACUCCUAUUUUACAUGGCCGUAAAGCUAGUACAUCUUCCUUAUGCGUUAUUAUUAUUAAAUAUUGGGACUCCUAGAGUACCAGAAUAUACAUAUGAGCCUGAUGGGUACAAUCCUGAAGCUCCAAGUCUCACAGGAACAGGUAGAACUGGAUAUCGGCCCUUUUAUACACGGCCACAGCAGCAGCAAAGGUCAAAUCUGAUAGGUUUGACAUCAGGCGACAUGGAUACACCACCAAGAGCUGCUAAUAUUGUCAUUCAAACUGAGCCACCUCCUCCUCCUGCUGUUGAAAAUAGUAACCUGAACAGAGUUGUGGUGGAACCAGAUAGGAAGAGACCACUUGGGAAUAUGAAUGAUGGUCCUUUUGCUAAGAAACCUUGGACAGACAAGCAUGGAAACAACAACCAUAACAAAUUAGGAUUUGGGAAAAAGAUUCUGUACACAAAUACCAAACUUGAAGUCCGAAAAAUUCCUCAGGACCUAAACAACAUUACCAAGCUGAAUGAGCACUUCAGCAAAUUUGGUAGCAUUGUUAAUAUACAGGUUGCUUUCCAGGGAGAUCCCGAGGGUGCUCUCAUCCAGUACUUGACAAAUGAGGAAGCUAGGAGAGCAAUAUCCAGCACCGAAGCGGUUUUAAACAAUAGAUUUAUCCGGGUACUUUGGCACAGGGAGAACAAUGAACAGCAGCAUCCUCAGCAGCCCCAACAACAUAUGACACAUCAGCACACAACACACACAGUUCAGUCUGGACAGCAGACUGUUCCAUCCGCAGGGCAGGGGCAUCUUCAGAAGGGUUCUUAUGUCCUUAAUAACCUACCCGCAAAACAUCGACACGGAGCACCUGGUGGAACUCAGACUGAUGCAACGUUUGUGGCUUCAAACCAGAAUAAUUCUGGGGAAGAAAAUCUGACGGUACCACUAUCCAGCAGUCUUUCAAAAUCUGUUUACACUUCUACGAACACAAAGCCAGCUAAUAAAAGCACAGUGAGAUCAAAACCUCUAGAUGUGCAGGAAAAUCUAAAAAAGAAACAGGAAGCAUUAAAGCUGCAACAGGAUAUGAGGAAGAAAAAACAAGAAAUGUUAGAAAAGCAAAUAGAAUAUCAGAAGAUGUUGAUAUCAAAACUAGAGAAAAACAAAACCAUGAAGGCAGAAGAAAGGACAGAGAUAAUUAAAACGCUAAAGGUACUCGAUGAGAAGAUCUCUCAUGUGAAAGAUGAAUUGAAGACCCUAGCUGCUCCAUCAAAAGUGAAGUCUAAGACUGAGGCUCAGAAAGAACUGUUGGAUGCAGAGAUGGAUUUCCACAAACGUCUGUCCUCUGGGGAAGACACAACAGAAUUGAGGAAAAAGCUGAGUCAGUUGCAAGUUGAGGCUGCUCGGCUAGGAAUUUUGCCUGCUGGACGGGGCAAGUCUAUAUCUACCCAAAUCAGAGGGCGAGGACGAGGUCGUGGCGGAAGGGGUAGAGGGUCAUUAAAUCAUAUGAGUGUGGAUCAUCGACCCAAAACAAUAUCAAUUUCUGGUUUUUAUGAGAAAGAAAAGGAGGAGUUGAUGCAACAUUUUGCUGCUGCUAACCAAGGGUCAAAAUUUAAAGGUCGAAAGUUAAUAGUGUGCUGGCACAAACCAAAGACUCCUUCCAUAUCCACUGAAGCGGAGGAGGAAGAGUCCAAGGAAGAGGAGGCUGAAACGUCAGAUCCAUUUCUUCAUGAAGAUGACGAUGAAGACGAAGAGGAAGCUGAGUCCCGCUCUUGGAGGAGAUAAAGAAACCAGCAGAAUUGUACAUAUUAUAUUUUUCCCUCUUAAAGAGUGUUUGCAGAACUUUUUACCAUUGGAACACAAAUGGAAGACAGUCAGAUUCAAACAAGACCUUCUUUUUUUUUUUUCUGCUCCCCACAUUAUUGAGGAAAGUAAAUCCAUUGAUUGUAUAAGUCAGUGA